GAGAGAGACAUGUGAAGCACAACGGCAUGAAUCACAUUUCAGUGUUUAUCCUGUCUAGUUGUGUGUCAUUGAUGAGAAUUGAGAUCAUAGUUCCAGAACAACAGGGUUUUUGUUUCUGCAUCGUUAGAGACUGAUGGUGGGGAAGAAGAGAUCUAUAAAGCAUGUCACGGACAACGGAGAAGAGAAUCUCUCAGUUCCACCAGGAUUUGUGUCAUUGACAUCUCUGACAUUGAAGAAGAUAGUAACUGGUCAGGAUGCUGCUACAGAAGGGGAGUGUGGACCUCGGUUAGUUGGUGUUCCUGUUAGCAAUUCUGACAUCGAAAGGUUUAAGACCUCAUUCUUACAGAGACCUUGGAUAUCUCAUGGCCAAUUUGAGCAUGUUCGGCAUCAAGAUGACUCUGAACAGAUUGAAGUUAAUCUGGUCAAAGUUCCAGUUGGUGUUCCCCUCCCCAAAGGAGUGAUACGGGGAUGUGAAGACUGCCAUGACUGUGUGAAGGUUACUGCAAGAUGGCAUCCUGAAGAUUCAUAUUUGCCUGGGGUUGAUGAUGCUCCGGUGUUCAGACCCACUGAAGAGGAGUUCAAGGAUACUCUGAAAUACAUAGCCAAUAUACGACCAAGAGCAGAGAGUUAUGGAAUUUGCCGCAUUGUUCCUCCUCCUUCCUGGAGACCUCCAUGCCUUCUGGAAAAUAAAGAGAUAUGGGAAGCUUCAAAAUUUAGCACAUAUGUUCAAAAGAUUGAUGGGCUCCAGAAUUUGCUUUUAAAGAGAAAAGUAUCUAGGUUGCAUGAAAAUAUGGAAACUGAAAUGCCAAAAGAUGCAGCAAUUUUGGAGCUUGAUAAAGCAUUUGAUUUAGUUUCUGAUUUCGAGAGGGGGCCUGAAUUCACCCUGAAAAGCUUUAAAAAGUAUGCUGAUGAUUUCAAGGUACAAUAUUUUCGUGAGAAUGACACAGUGAUUGCAACUGGCCAAAAUCAGAGAGAACCGCUAAUUGCAAGAGUUGAGAGCGAAUAUUGGCGAAUAGUGGAGAAUCCAAGUGAAGAAAUAGAGGUACUUUUUGGUACUGACUUGGCUAAUCAAACAAUACCAAGUGGAUUUCCUGUUGCAGCCAGUAGAGCAACAAAUAUGGGUAAAUAUAAUGAAUAUGUGAAAUCCGGGUGGAACUUGAAUAAUACCGCGAAUCUCUAUGGUUCCCUUCUUCAAUUUGGGUGCUACAAUUCAUCCACCAUUUCCGUUCCUCAAAUGUUCAUCGGGAUGUGCUUUGCCUCACAGUGCUGGCGAAAUGAAGAUCACCAUUUGUAUUCAUUAUCUUACUUGCACAUGGGUAGCCCUAAAGUAUGGUAUUCUAUCCCAGGGAAGUAUUGCUUCAAGUUUGCGGAAGUUGUGAAGAAACGGUUUCCAAAGUUUUCAAAACAUCCCAAGUUGCUCCAUGAGAAUGUUGCCCAACUCUCCCCCUCAAUGCUAAUCGCCGAGGGGAUUCCUGUGUUCCGUUGUCUGCAAAACCCCUUGGAAUUUGUCGUCACAUUCCCUGGAGCUUACCAUUCAGAAUUUAGUUGUGGGUUUAAUUGUUCAGAAGCUGUGUGUAUUGCUCCUGUAGACUGGUUACCACAUGGCCAGAACAUAACAGAAAUAUACGCUGGAUAUUGUUUGAAGACGUCACUCUCCCAUGAUAAGCUGCUGUUAGGAGCAGCCAUGGCAGCUGUGGUUUCUCUCUGGGAUUCUUUUGCAAACAAAAGCUUCAACUCCAAUAUUCGUCUUUGGAGAAGUGUGUGUGGAAAGGAUGGAAUCUUAACAAGAUUGCUUAAGCUUCGUGUUAAAAAUGAAGGCACAAGGAGGAAAUACCUAUGCAACACGUCGAUGUCUAGAGCAAUGGGUGAAUGUGAUGUUGCCACUAAACGGGAAUGCUGUAUAUGCUUUUAUGAUUUAUACCUUUCUGCCGUGGCCUGUUCAUGCUCCCCGAAUAGAUAUUCUUGCCUGCGCCACGUAAAGCAGCUCUGUUCUUGUGGUUGGAGAGCCAAAGAGUUUCUCUUGAGAUAUGAAAUUAGAGAGUUGGAGUUCCUGGUUGAGGCUCUGGAAGGGAACUUGAAAGCACUGCACAGGUGGGCUAAGAGUAUACAGCAACUCGUUUCCGGCCAUGCUCAAAAGAAUCCCAACGCCACUUCAUCAAAUGGCACAAGUCGUGAUUUGGCCAACGGGAUGGGCAGCAAUGCUUCCGGUCUUGUCAUGCCGGGGGAAGGCUAAGGAAGAGCGCAGAGCCGCGUCUCCACCUCUUAUUACGAGUUUGCAGACUGUUGUGCAUCAGUCUGGUAGAAAACGAUCAGAAAUAUGUCCAAAUCAUAUUAUCUUGAGCGACGACGAUGAUUGAACCACCUCAAAUCUCCUUACCUUUGUAAGUUAAUACGCCUACACACAUCGUCAUCUGGAAUCUUGAGCUCCUUUGCUCUUGUAAUUUAAUUAAUACAUGCAGAUUAGCUGUCUGAAUUCCAUAAUUUUGGAAGUGGUCUUGUUCUCCGCA